AUGUCGGACGUAAAGAUUCUGCACAAAAAGGAACCCCUGACCCCCAUUUUCUCCUCUCCCAGCUCUUCCCCACGAGACACAAAAGCGUUAAAUAACACCCAGCUCCAAACCCCACAGAGCCAAUCGAGCAACCUUUUGUCCCUUCACAACAUUUGUAAUAUCAUACAGCCUCAGUCGUCACCUUCCCAGUCGCCCAAACCAUGGUUUGAUCCGUCUCCUAUUGAGCCGUUGUCACCGAAUGAAAAGUUGCCGGAUCGGGUGGAUCCUCUCGAGAAUGCACCUAAAUUCAUUGAACCUUCCACUCCCGAAGUGAUCAACACCUCGGGUCUGAUGCGGAUGACUCGUGAGAAACCGAUCACACAAAGUGCGAACCAAGAG